AUGAGCAGUUCAAGCCUCUACGAACCCGAUGAAGACGAAGAAGCGUCCUAUUCUGAUUUCCAAUAUGAAUACUCCAAAUCGAGAACCCCCGUAUCGCGACCGUCCUCGCAGAUUCAGCACUCGAGACUCUCUUCCCUUCCCCCAUCAGAACGGGGCUACGGCGAUGCCCGAAUCCCCAGAGAAGGGCGGUUCGAGGUCAUCGAGUAUCUAAAUGGGAAGCUGUCGAGUAAUUCCAUAGAAGCGUACACUAAGACUCUCGAUGAGAUUAUCAGUGAUGGCACACCGAGCGCUGCGUCUCUGGGUGAAGCCAGUUAUAGGAGCACCCAGAACGGUGUUGUUACGUGGACAGCCCGGGAGAAGGAGAUACUCUUCAGCGUCCUAGAUCGAAAGGGGAAGAAUGGAAUUAGGGAAAUUACGGAUGCAAUCGGGUCAAAGUCAGAGCUGGAAGUGCUGGAUUAUCUAAAGCUCUUACACAGGGGCAUGGAACGUCAGCAUUUGCUGAAUCGUCAUAGCGGAGCAAUCGUCCUGGGUGACAUGCCAGCCGCAGCGGAGAUCAGCAAAGAGUGCUGCGAGGCACUGAAUGAAUAUGCCGCCUUACUGCGUCUCCAAGAACAGGUCUCCAUAGAUGUCAGUGGAAGGAAAAAGCACAAGGAUUUCUGGCUCAUAAAUGCACAGAAAGCGAGAGAGAUAGAGGAACAAGUUCAGAAGCACGAUGAUCCAGGUGAACUACACUAUUCGAGUACCUUCCUCUCUGCUAGUUUAUUCAAGCUACCUGCAUGGAUUCACCUCUCAGAACGGUUUUUUAUGAACGCUGGGGGUUCACGGUUUGAAGAUAACUGGGUAAAUAUUGCCUUUGAAGAUGAGUCCCCAUCUAUCACUGCUGAUGCAUUUGCCGAUUUCUACGCCCUUACCAUUAGCAUCACGCGACGCUUGAUCCAAUCUUCACUUUUCAUGGCCAUGUCGAGAAUCCACAAUAUGCGGGAGAGCGGCCACUCUAGGGCCCAGGUUAUCAAGAGAUGUGACGUUAAGACAGCUCUAGACGUGCUAAAUAUGAAGCACGACCAUACUGACUUCUGGCCUGGUCUACCAAGAAGAUACAGCCUCGAUAUUAUAGAUGUUCGCCAUCGAAAGGGCUUCAAGUCUAGGCGCCUAAGUAUUAGUGAAGCCGAGGAUAUGCUCUCGUCUAAAACAAAGCACAGAAGACAAAGGAGCCUUUCCAGAUUACCCUCUGAGAGUGGGUCGGAGGACGACGCAGACUACAACGACAACGACAACGACAACGACCAUAAUGAGGAAUACAUAGGGGAUGAUGGUGACAGCCAGUCAGAAUAUGCUGCGUCAUCAAUUGCUACAGAUGAUCCUGCGUCGGAUUCAGAGAAGCAGUCAGAUUUCGAAGUUGAACACGCUGACAGUGUUGACCAAAGAACCAGUUUCGUGGAAGAACAGCGGCUCUGGGACUUGAUGGAGCGGCCAGGGCCGCCUUCCUUCCAACCAGUCGUUAAGGAAGAAGACGACAACGAUGACAGCAAGACGUUACGCAAACCAAUCAGUGAACGUAAGACGAAACAGGACCUGCUUGACUGGCGGGACAUCAUGUUAUACCGAAGCGAAUGGGAAACCUACGGACACGAAAUCCUCAAAGUAAAUGAGGAGAUUGCUGAGAACAGACGUAAGAGGAGACGCCUCGAUUCACAGUCUAAUGCUUCAGUAAGCGCUGGGGUGGGAGCGAGUUCCGAUUCUCGUGGGAACGAGAGUGAUGCCGGUGCUGAAACUGAAGCAAACGAGUCUCGUCCUUUAUCUGCUCCUGGUGGCCAUUCUGAGAGGGCUAAUGGCGAAGAUGCCAACUCCUUUGACAACGAGAAUGACGACGAUGGCAUGAAUCUGGAUGAAUCUGAACCCGGACCUCAGCCUGAGCCCGAGUUGCUUGACCAUGAUAGCCAAAAUUUAAAGUCCGAGGACGCGGUCCAAUACUGCCGGACGGAUGAUGAAAUGAAAAAGGAGGAAGAAUAUUCUGGCUCUGGUGAGGAAUAUCUCUGA